GCGAGGGAGGGAGGGAGAGCGGGCGCGCACACGAGAAAGGGGAGCACGAGCGCGCCGAAUUCUCACACGCUCGAGCGUCGAUGUGCUCUACCCCUCUCGCUUACACGGGCUGUUGGGGUCAGAGCAGCAGCGCGCACUGGAGAGCUUCUCAAAGUGCACACUUGUCUCUUUCUUUCGUGCAUGUAAUCGCGUAGAAGCCGGGGCGUUUUUGCGGAGGGAAGAGCAGAGCAGCUCCGUUGCAGGCGCACUCCGUCUCUGAGGAGCGACAUCGCGAACAUUUGCCCGGAUCUGGCGCGCUCUUUUCCUCUUUUCCGCGAUGACGGUGGGAAGGAGAUCGUGCGGGAGGCAGUUGCAGGCUGCGCUGUUCAGAGUGCUCUGUCUUAUCCCAACAGGACUGCCCGUCCGGAGUGUGGAUAUGCAGCGGACCACGGACAACAUCACCAUCCGCCAGGGCGACACGGCCGUCAUCAGGUGUUACGUGGAUGACAAAGUGUCAAAGGUGGCUUGGCUGAACCGCUCUAACAUCAUCUUUGCUGGGGAAGACAAAUGGUCCCUCGACCCUCGAGUGGAUCUGAUCACCAAAGGCCAGUUGGAGUAUAGCCUACGCAUCCAGAAGGUUGAUGUGUUUGAUGAAGGGCCCUACACCUGCUCAAUCCAGACAAAACAGCAGCCUAAGACAUCCCAAGUGUACCUUAUUGUUCAAGUACCUGCGAGUAUCUACAAAGUUUCAGAAGACAUAACUGUCAACGAAGGCAGCAACGUGACAUUAAGUUGUCUAGCCAAUGGGAGACCUGACCCAUCCAUCACAUGGAGACUCCUCAAUCCAUCAGCUGAGCCUCUGGAGGGGGAAGAGUACCUGGAUAUAUCAGGCAUUUUGAGGACCCAGGCUGGCAGAUAUGAGUGCAAAGCAAGCAAUGACGUUUCCAACCCUGAUGUUAAAUAUGUCAACGUUGUCGUCAACUAUCCCCCUUACAUCAAAGAUGCCAAGAGUUCUGAAACUCCGGUGGGACGGCUUGGUAUUCUUCAGUGUGAUGCAUCAGCAGUGCCCAAACCUGAAUUUGAGUGGUACAGAGAUGACAAGAGAUUAACCAACUCCGCUGGAAUCAGCAUCCAGAUCCUGGGGUCCCGCACUCUACUCGUUGUUUCCAAUGUCACUGAGGAUGACUACGGGAAUUACACAUGCGUGGCAUCAAAUAGACUUGGGAUACACAAUGCCAGCCUGUUCCUCUAUAAGCUCAACAUACCUACUAUCAAAUAUCCCACAAGAGGACCGGGCACAGGGAGAGACAUCAGUGGCUCUGCAUGCCUCACCCAGUCACUGUGGAUUUUUCUGGCCUCCGUCACCUGCCUUUUCUUCAAAUGUUAAUAACACCACAGUCGUCCAUCAGUAUUACAGCAAAAUUGCAUUGAGACUGUUUGUAUCAUGUUACAACAACCUGAUGCGCUCUUGCACCGAAAAUAUAUAAAAGAAUGAGCUAUUACAAUGUUUUAGUCUUUAAGAAGAAAGGUUACUUAAGGAGCAACAGUGUUUAUAAGGGCCAUUUAUUACAGCAUUUUACUUUGCUUUAAUGUUGCUUAUUGCUGUCAGUCAUUUAGUUGCAUUAUCCAUUUAUUCUAAGAACGGUUUUAGCAGGAAAGAAUGUUAUACGCCAUCAAUAAUAUGACAAAUGGAACAAUUAAGUAACUUAGAUAUGGAUGGAAUUUCAAGUGAAGUAUAGCUGUCCUGGAUAGCUACAAUGCUUUUUUCUUUAUAAUUUUACAAUUUCAAGCUUGUUUUACGGUGUGCUCUCAAAUGUUUUUUGUGAGGUUCAUUGAAGCUAGUGCACUACAUUAAAAAAAAUGCAGCUACCAAAUAUAAACGUAGCAGAAUCAAAUAAGGAUAAGAAACCAACAAAAACACAAUAAUAAUAUAAAGAUGCCAUAAUUGUUCAUGAAAGAGUAAAAUGAGAAACUGAGCAACAGUUCUAUAGACAUGUAGUUUAAAAGUUAGAGUAAAAAAAAACUGGGGUAGAGUUGCAUAGUCAUAUAAACAUCUAAAUUAAGUAUAAAGAGCUGUAUAUACUGUCUGAUGUAUCUCAUGAACACUGCUUGUUGCCAGUUUCUGAAUUCCCUCUUUGUCAAAUAUAGAGCUUUCUUGAAAAUUGAGAAUUCUGUUGUUUUAGAGAGGAUAAAGCCUAGUGUGGGGGCUCAAGUGGUGAGGCAAUCAAUACUUCAAGUGAUUACAGUAGGUUGAUGCUUUUUUAGCAGAGGGGUUACGUAUUAAGAGUAAGGACUUACCAAGUAAAACUUGUAUAUAAUGAAUUUUUGUAUUUUUUCUUUAAGGAAGACAAAUUUAGCUGUUGAAUUAACUAUAAUGACAACAAUAGUAAUCAUAAUUACGUAUGAAAUUUGUAUUAUUGAAUAAAAAAUGUAUGUUGAACAGUUUCUUCAUGGCAAGCUGUAUUUAGCAUCAGGAGUUGCUCUCUAUUUACACCAUCAACAUUUAGUAUUUUCUUUUAGUAACGUUGUAUAUCUAGGAGUUGAGUGCAUGAUGCCGAUGAUUGAAGAAAAACUGAUUUUUUUAAUUUUUUGUGUAUGAAAUGGAAUUCACAGUGUCCAUUUUCCUUCUGUCGGCUCAGUUAAUAGUGUAUAUACUUGAUUCCAAUGUCUUUACAGAGAAAAAAAAGAUUUAAUAUCUGUCCAUGUUUCUAAUUAAAUUAGUAA